AUGGGUGGUAGAAGAACAUACGCUAUCGCAUUUCUAGCCAUCGUGGCGGCUCUAUGGGGCGUAACAAAAUCACAGCCUAGCAGGUCAUGCGUGACUACACUGACUACCCUUGCUCCGUGCCUCGGCUACAUCACCGGAAACUCAACCACUCCCUCACAGACUUGCUGCUCUCAACUCGACUCUGUCAUCAAAACUUCGCCGCAGUGCAUCUGCUCUGCCGUCAACAGUCCGAUCCCCAACAUCGGCCUUAACAUUAACCGCACACAGGCCUUGCAGCUCCCCAAUGCCUGCAACAUUCAGACGCCUCCCCUCACACAAUGCAACGCGGCCACUGGGCCAACAGGACCGCCUCCCGCACCUUCACCGGUGGAGGAGACCCCAAGUGUGGCACUAACCCCAACCUCGUCACCGGGUACUCGUUCAGGAGUUGGAGGUAGUUCCAAGACCAUUCCCACCACGGGCGCCGGGUCAUCCUCCGGGAAUGUCGACCGCGUUCCACUGCAUCUGCUUAUAUUCAUACAUAUUUACUCUCGGUUCGAGAGCGAAGAUUUGCCGCCCUCUUCUCCAUUAACCACCUCACCGUCGCCCACUAAGGCCGCAUCCAUAACCCCGUCGGCUCAGACUCAGCCAUCGACUAUCCUCUCUUCUCGGUAUUCGAAGCCGAAGAUUUGUUUACAGGAGCAGAAAUCUCAGGCAUUCAAGACCCAUCUCUGGGGUUCACUCCGACAGCGACCCAAGACUUGA